AAAACUCUAACUUGGCAAUAAAAAAUGUCUGCGGAAUCACCAAGGCGAGGUGUGCAUAAAGGAGCUCAAAUCGUUUCACCUCAGCCCAUAGUAGAUCGAUCGAUCAUUGAUAGUGUUGCUGGGAUCAUAAAUGAUAUAGUACCACAGGGGUAUGCAGGAGUGUCCAAUUCUGAUAAUAAAGAAACUAUAUCUUGGGCACGGUUUGAAUACGCUGAUAUAAAUGAUCCUACUUUAUAUCCUGAUUACAAUGAAGGCUCUAGUACACCACCGUUGCUAUUGGUACUAGGAUACGCAGUUGGAGUUCAGGUAUGGCUGAUAGUAGCAACGGGAGAGGCAACGGAGAUCCUAUCAUGGCGACAAGGCGUGGUUCGUAUUCUUCGAAUUCUACCAAACCCAAAGACUGACGACGAUCACGUCGAUGAAUUUGAAGCGAAACGGCCGAUGGUAGCGGUCUGCUCUGAGCCGGAUUCAACUCUUCCGGGACCAAAAUUUUGCGACGUUAAUUUCAUCUCCUUGAAAACCGGCGAGUCAAUACACAGCGUAGGAUUCAAGCAUUCUGUCUGCGAUGUGUUAGCGAACAGGCGAUCCGUGGUUAUAACGUUAUUAGAAAAAAUUGCGGUCUUCGAUGCUAGAACAUUGCAAAAUAUCAUAACAAUCACGACUUGCUAUGCCAGUCCUGGCCCAAAUCCAAAUCCCAUCGCUUUAGGAACGCGAUGGCUCGCUUAUAGCGAGAAAAAAUUAAUACCCUCAAGAAGAAGCAGCGGUGGUUGUGAAGGGGAAGGCGUCCAGAGUUAUACAGCGACUGUUUUAUACGCGGCCAAGUCGUUAGGGAAAGGUCUUCGCGGACUAGGAGAAACGGUAGCGUCGAGUCUCACGGGGAAUUCAGUAUCGCCGAUAGCUAUCAAUAACGCGGGCAAUGACGUAACACAACCAGGCGUCGUUACAAUAUUGGAUCUUCAGAUCGCGAAAGACGAGAAAGAGUUGGAUGACACCAAUGCAGAUGCUGUAAUCGCUCAUUUUACUGCUCACAGCGACGCGAUCGUUGCCAUGACUUUCGACUUAACCGGCGCGUUAUUGAUGACGUCAGACAAGAGAGGACACGACUUCCACAUAUUCAGAAUUCAGCCGCAUCCCGGUGGAUCAACACUGGCGGCGGUGCAUCAUUUGUAUAUUUUACAUCGUGGCGAUACUACUGCUAAAGUACAGGAUAUGGUAUUUUCGAGCGAUACACGCUGGGCUGCUAUUUCAACCGUGAGAGGUACAACGCACGUUUUUCCUGUUGCACCUUACGGAGGUCCUGUUGGCGUCAGGACACAUUCCACACCUAAUGUCGUCAAUAGACUAUCAAGAUUCCACAAAAGUGCAGGCUUAACGGACGACGGUACUCGAUCCCACUCUCCUGUAUCACAUACGGAAUUACCUUUGUCUAUAUAUCCAUACUCCAAUCCUCGACUUCCUCCAUAUCCUCAUCCAACGAUAUUGCAUCCUUUGUCACAAAUUCGACAACCAUCUUCUCUGAAUCAAAUCAACAGCUCCACACAGCCAAGACCACAACAGAGACAACGGUUACAUUCUGACGAUAGUGGGACUUUACCGUUGAAGAUCUGCGCGUGUUUUGCUCCACCGAGAGCUUGGAUGUUUGCACAAAGGGAAUCCAGUAGCAAGGUUGUCAAAAGAGCAGUCGAUUCUCUUUUCAUCAUGGCAUGUCACGGAAACAUGAUACAAUACGAUUUGGAUCCUAAACCAGCUGCUGGUGUGCCAAAGGAAAAAGUUUGUGACGACACCAUGAUUGAAUUGGACGUUGAAGCAAAGGGUCAAUGGCCACUUUGUAGAUCCCCCAAUUCGUCAGAUCUCGUUCCACCGUUAUCUCUGUCGAAUCCAUUACUUAACAUUUCGUUCGCACCAAAGAACAAUCAAGAAUUUGAGACAAUCGAAGAUCGUUGGUUGAGUCAAGUGGAGAUCGUAACUCAUGCUGGACCACACAGACGAUUGUGGAUGGGGCCACAAUUUGUUUUUAAGACUUACAAUGCACCUAGCGGUGUUGCUGUCAAUCUGGUCGAAGCGGAGGCAGUCGAGAUUGGAAUUACUGGCUCGCGUCCAGCAAGAUCGAAGCCCGUUAAUAUGCCUCAUGCAACAUCUAGACCGUUAAUGCCAGUUGUUAUCGAUGGAUCAGGAAGCAGUUAUGAGCAAUCGCCAAGAUUCAUGGAGGCUUACGGUGAUCCUCUGGACAACGAGAAUGUGGCCAUUGGUAGUUGCGAGAGUCAACUGAGGGAGGAUCUUGCGGAAGCUAUGCUCGAAAUAUCAAUUGCAUCUCAUCGUGCUCCAGGGAGGCGUACGGUAUUUGAGAGGGUGGGUCAGCCGGUAACUAAAGUCGUCAACCCUCACACCGGCACCGUGAUUACCGUGUCGGCCGACGAGGAUGGGGACGCUAUUAGCUCCAUACAGGAGUACGACUCCGCCGCGGAGGAGAUGCACGCACCUAGAAGCGUGUGCGCCGAGGAGGGUCCGGCCUCGCUCGGCGCGAUCGAUCUCCCAGAUGAGCCGGACAGCCGGGCGCUGAAUCGCAAGCUCACAGAGAUCUGCGCGGAGAUGCGCUCAGCAAGCGAGCCGGCGAUCAACAGCAUACCUGAUGAGAACAUAUGCGAGCUGCAGGACCAUCGUGCUCUAUGCGCGGAGAUGGCGGCCACGACGACAACUGCGACAUCAAUCGACUACGAAAAGGAGGAAGCUUUUUGCGAGGUGCCGACAAGUCUCAGCCUGUGUGCCCAACCAGGUGAGAUUCCGAGCAGUCCUAUGACACAGGCGAAAGAGACCGCGUUAUGGUGCAGCAAGGGAAGAUUUACUACCGAUAGCCGUAUCGAGGAUUAUCGCAGCGAGGUUCACGAGAGGCAUCUCGCCAAGGCCAAAUACGUCGUCAACUACGACGAUGAUAGCGUUACGCUCAUGGAGAACAAGACGAUGCGAAGCGAGAAGAAUAUCGAGAUAUCACAGUCGAACGUAGAUGAGAAAGUCAAGAGACCUAUCGCGAGAAGAGCCGUCGUUGAUUCCGAAAGAAUCUCAAAUUCCGCUAUCAAACGCCCGACACGAGCGGAAAAAUACAUUAUUAAAGAGGACGAUGAUAGCGUCAUCAUCAGUGACGCGCGAUGCAUGGAUUCGACGAUGGGCAUUGGCACGAAGAAAGAGGAAAAUGACGUUGAGUUGAAGAAGAGAGUCGAGAGCGCAAGAGAUACCAAGGUAGCGAGAAACAAAUAUCAAGUAAUACGUAAGAAUGACAAAUGGAAGAAUCGUGCUUCUUCACAGGAAUUCACCGAUAAGGAUCGAGUUAUGCUCAAAAAUAGAGAGAUUGAACAUACGACAGAGGUAUCUUCUAUUGACUUGCCCGAGCCGAUGGAAUCGAUUACUGACGUAAUCGUAAGGAAAGAAAAUCCUGUAAAACCUGUGUUGGAUGUGGAAAAUGUGAGAUCGCUGUCCGAUCAUGACAACGAGUAUGAUAACGAUAAUAAGUUGCCAUCGUUGGAUCCACCGCCGCCGGAUGAUUUCAGUUCGAUUGACUAUCACAUGAUAGAGUCAUACAAUCUUGGCAAAGACGCCACUUUGACGUUCACUCAAUCCGACGACGAUAUUGAGCAUAUCCACGAGUCUGAGGUAAUGCAGAUGCGGAUGAAGAACACGGACAACGGCAGGUACAAAGAUGCCGGUGUGACCAUUAAUACGGUCGCGCAAUUUUCUUCUCCUGUAGUGCAACGAAAAAGCAGCAAGAGCACGAUUUCGGAUGAUGAUCUGGAGUACAUACACAACGUCGAUUUUGAAUCUACGAAUUUAGAACGAGGCGAUGCCGGUGCGACGACGUCCUUGACAAAGAUGAGCAAUAACAAUUCGCGUAGAAGGUAUAGCAGAUACACGUUGUCCUCUGAUGAUGAUCUAGAGCACGUUCAACUCUCAGAAGUCCAUGAGUUGGAAUUUGGUGCAUCGAGAUUGUCACAGAGAGAAUCUCUGCAGACGACCCAGGAAAUGACGUCAGUGGAGCAGCAAGGAGCGAAGUCCAAGUCUGGCAAGAAGCGAAAGGAUAUUAUGGUGAUUGAGAAGAACAAGGUAGAGACUCCGGAGGUCACUGUGGUAUACAAUCCAUUGAAGGAGACCUGGCCGAUGUCCGAGGAAAACGAUAAACGCAGUUUCACUGAUUUUAAAGAUAAGUCGGAUGGACUGUAUUCAAGCCCUACGAGAAGAGCCAAAAAUCGUGGCUCAAAGACGAUGAGUUUCUCAUCCUCGCUGCUAUCUACCAAGCGAGUUUCUCAGACCAAUGAGAGCGACAUCGUUGAGAUUAUCGAUAUCGAUGCGAUGCAGAAAGCUUCGGAUACGAUGCCGGAAUGCAAGAUUCUGCCUGUCAUUGCCGGGUCGCGUACUCGGAAAUCUCGCAAGAGCAAGAAGUCAGACGGCACGUCACAAGAGAACAGCUCAACGGAGCUCUCUAUCUCUGUCCUUUUGCCUUCAUUUUGUUCCUCUAAUGUGAAGAUGGUGGAACUGCAGGAGGCCGUACAGGAAGCUGUGUGGGACGAGCCGUAUGUGAAACUCGGCUCUAAAGAUCAGGAGUCAAAAACUCUACCUUUGACAGAGAUAUCCUGGAGUUCCAUCGUCAAAAAAAGCAUCUCUCCUUCCUCGGAUUUGCAAGAAACCCGCAAAGAAACGUAUUUCGAACCGUUAAUGGAGGCGCAGAGGAAACUGGAGACCGACAAACGUGCGAGGAAGCUGGAAGAAACGGAAUUCUGUGACAGAAACAACCCUACGUUCCUCAAAUCUGUGGAACACGCAAUGUGUGAACAUCAGACUACGCGACGACAAAUAUACAGGACUAAAAAGGAAGAAGAGAAAGAGAAGUUUCUUUUCGAUGAGGAGGAUGAUAUCGACAUGGCGGCGACGGAGAAUGUCCUCGUAGACUUUCACGCACCAAUAGACGAAGAACCUCGCGUGGACAAGGAUAUCGCGCGCGUUACGACUGCUAUAGCGCGAACCAAGAUCUGUCGGGACAAGGAGGAUAGCAAAGCGACGGAAGGCAGUCCUCUUUUCGCUUCGGAAGUACGAUCCGUCGUCGACGAGACACGUCGAGGUAACGUGGCAACCGAGAGGAGAGAAUCGCAAAGAGAAUCUUCUUUGCAGCUUCAGCCGAUGCAGUGGCAGCAGGUAGGAGUCGAUGACAGCGACAGCACUACUAGGACGUCCGAACAGUACGGUACAACCUUCUCGAAGAUGUCCCUAGAAUCCGGUUAUGGGUUCGCCGAAAAGCGGAACGAAGCGGACCGCGAGAUGCCUGCCGAGCAUUCAACCGUCGCCAAAAAGGCGAGCAACAGAUCUAAAAGGAAAAAACGCAGAUGA